AUGCUUUACGAGCUCUUCACGGCGCAGCACAUCCCCGUGGUCACGGUGCGAGUGGUGCGGGACACCAAGACCUUUGAGUCCCAGUUCCACGGCUACGUGAACUUUCACACCUUCCAGGACGCGGAGAAGGCCCUAGCGCUGGACGGCGCCAGACUCUGCGGGCAGCGCUGCUUCCUGAGCUGGUCCUCCCGAGCGCGCCAGUCACGGAAGGAGCCGAAGGAUCCGCGGGUGGCGAAGCCGGAGCCGAAGCGCGCGGCUCUCGGCCCGGAGCCGAGGGCGGCGGUGUGCAAAGCUGACCGAGAGGAGGCAGGGUCCGGGCCGUUCAACGUCUAUCCAAAGAAAACCAACCAAUUGCUUGCCACGGAUUUAGGCAAGCCAUUUGGCGUCAACGUGCCCGGGGUGUGA